GUCUUUCGUAUUUUUCACAAUAGCAGUCUUUCCUAAUUAAGACUCAGUAUAAUAAGAAAUACAAACUCAUAUAGUAAGAAAUACCAAAUAUUUGUACUGGUUUACUUUAUUUACUUAUUAACGUGUGUCCCCAUAACCGGGUCUGUCUUUAUGAGGAAAUCGGUAAAUCUAGGAGGAGCAUGGAUAAAUCCGAGGGCCAAAAUCAUAGCACUAUGCCUAAAAUCAUAGCAUUUGACAGGCAUGCUGGCCAGACCGAGUUGCACAUGAAACUAGUCAGGGCACUUCAUACGCCAACAAGCAAUCAUUGCUAUGAGGAAAUUAACUCGUCUGGUAAUUGCUAUGAAAGCAGAUCUCAAAACGGUAAAGGUAAACAUUUCCGACUAUUUACUAUUUGGGACACAGUGUGGUCUGGUGCACCGGAGGCUUUUUGAACAGCAUUUUACAAGAAAUUAUACAAGACUGGGAGGAAUUAAGAGGGGUAUGAAAUUGCAGCUGGCCCACAAUUUUUAAAGGCGGAUCCUUGCAUUGUGUAAGGUAUUUGUGCUGCCACUUGUACUUGCUUGAAAGACAAUGCUACAACAGAUUCUAAGAGAUAUGUAUAUAGACCCAGAUCUCCUGGAAGCUCUUGGAGAGGAUCAGAAGCAAAUUUUAUUCUUCAAGAUGCGAGAGGAGCAAGUGCGAAGGUGGAAGGAAAGAGAAGCUGUAUUAGAAAAACAGGAAAAGGAUUUUGCACAUAAAACUCAUGGAGAAUCAUCCAAGAAAGUAAACUGGCUUCUUGGGAAAGAUGGAGAUGUGUGGGUGUGGGUUAUGGGAGAGGGCCAUGGAGAUAAAUCAUAUGAUGAAAUCUGUGCUGAAUCUGACAUCAAGAGGACAACAGAAGCACUGAAUGCAAGAAUACCAGAACCUUCGAAUAAAGCCAUAUUAAACAGCAGUAGACUUGAAAUCUUGCAGUAUAAGAAAGAAGAGCAGAAGAAAAGCAUUGCAGAUGAUAUGAAACAGCUAUGCACUGAGACAGUCAAUAAAGAAGAAAAGAAAAGUGAAGACAUUGCACAACUAAAGGCAUCAGGACUGUAUUAUCGAGCACAUCGGGUACAAAAGACUCCUGAUUCUUCAGUGCCAAAAUUAAAGAACGCAGUGCUUGAGCGGCAAGGGACAGGUCCCUCCGGGAUACCACCAAGGCAGCAACCUGUAUCUGACCAAAGUUUACCAUGUGUGGAAGAAAAAAACUACAUUAAAGAGAAGCUUCAAGAGGAACUAACAGACAUUUCCAACAUCCCAAAAGGAAGAGUGGCUGAGUUGCUAAAGAACUUUAAUUUUGUACAGGAAAACAAUGCAAAAGGUACUCUUCCACGAGCAAAGGCAAGGGCAGCAUUUAAAAAGCUAUCUGCAGUCCAGGCAUUUUCUGUGCAAACUUCAAGAACUGAUGCACCAUAAGAUGCUUAAUAAACCUUAGGUUAAGUGAAGAAUUGAUCUCAGACUGACCAUCUGUUGCCUUUCCAGUGGCUAACUUACACAUGAUACAUGCCUGUGCAUCCUGCAGUUGCAGUUUGUGUACAUCUGGAGACGGUUUCAAGCACUACAGUUUAAUGCUGCAGUAGUAUUGAAUAGAAUGACUUAAAAACAUUACUUGAAGAUGAAAGAUACCAAAGUUAAUGCUGCAAUAAAUGAGUCAAUAUGCAAGACAUUUUAAAGAUAUAGGUGCAUUGAAGCAUCUUUAAAAUGCCUGACUUAUCUGUGUUUCUGCUGGAGAUGUUAUCAGUACACCUUAAAUGAUACUGGUACAUUGAAGUAGCUUUAAAAUGUCCAAGUUAUCUGUUUUUUGAAUCUUUUUCAGUUGCAUAAGAAACAAUGGUUAUGAGAUUCUUUAACUUUGAAAACGUCAUGCUCAGGUGUGGUAUGCUUUUUUUUGAUAAACUUAAUGGAUUUAAUAUUCAUUUUUCUUGGCACUAUUCAGAUGAGUGUCACAGAAUUAGAUAAAACCUAUCCAGUAGUUAAACUUCAUGCUCAGGUGCGGUAUGAUUUUUUUAUAAACUUAAUGGGUUUAAUAUUCAUUUUUGUUGGCACUAUUCAGAUGAGUGCCACAGAAUCAGAUAAAGCCUAUCCAGUAGUUAGUUUUAAAAGUUUUUUUUUUGCAUGCAAAAAGAUGCAGUAUGACUCUAGAUACUUUUGCACACACUGAAUGUGCCAUUGAUUCUUUGCCAAAGGGAUAAAAUGAAAACCCAUAACAAGUUGACUCAAAUGGUCAUCAACUUAAGUGCAGUUUGGUGUUAUUAAAUAUAAGUUAAGGGGUGAGGGGGGCAAAAACUCUUCAAUCACAAGAGAGUGGGGGGCUAGGACCCACCUCAAACAUGAGUUUAAAUUGCUGCUGAGUGGAAGGCCCAGGCAUCCUAAAACUGAUCAUAUGAAAACUGUCUUUUUGUGACUUGACUUUCUGCAGUGAAGCCAACAAAAACAUUUUGCAUACAAGCCAAGUAUAAAGGCUGAUACUAGUAGUCUGCAUGGUAGCUGUGUUGAAUAAAUAUACAGUGCACUAAAGUAGGCUAUUGCUGUUCCUGAUUAGCACUAAUCUGAUUACAGCUUUAUUAUAUGGCAAAAGUUUUCAGUAGCUUUCCACAAUAGUUUUGUAGUACAUUUAAAGUAGCAUUCAAUGAAAAUAAAGUAAAUAAGGUAAAUAGCUCAUGUUUGUACAGAAAUAAUGCAUUUGAAAUUAUUUCUUGUGGAAAUAAUGUGACUAGCUCACUGUUGUAUUGAAAUUGUGCCAAGAUAAUGCUCUUAACUUAAAAAUGUAAAUUCUUUUUAUAGAAAGAAUUCAUAACAAAAUGCAACAACUCUUAGAUUUUUCACUUUACUAGAAGACUAACAUUUUGGGCGAAUACUUCACAUGAGUUUUACUGUUUCGAACACACUGACAUUUAGCAUGAGACAGGUUUGUUUUCAAACACUACACUCAUUUGUGCAAUCACUAGUGUGGAAACUGGCCAGCUUUUCCUCAGAAGGAUGAAUUUGCAGAAUAUAGGGUAUUUCUCCUUUUUCCUAUGUUGAUGUGAUGUGUGUGUGCGUGUGUGUGUGUGUGUGUGUGUGUGUGUGUGUGUGUGUGUGUGUGUAGCAGUGGUGUAGUAGGUACAUCCCCCACAUUAGGUGUUUCUGUUGUUUCAGUUCUUCUGAGAAAAUAUCAGCAAUGAGAUUGUGUGAGGCAGUUACAGAUGAGUUGCUUACUUGUCAGGGAACCAUUUUAGAAAUGGUAGAUAUGUGUUGCCAACUAUCUUCUAUGUGUGAGCAUAAAAUGAAUCAGCAAUCCUUCACCCAUCUUUGUGUAUGAUGUUUAUGUAAGAUAUUCUCUGAUUUGCUGUAUGCUGUUUAUGUAACAUAUUCUCUUAUUUGCUGUAUGCACUCAUACUCUUCUGCUAAUUUUUCUUUUUGGCUUUCAUGAUAAUUAUCUAAUAUUAGAGAAUGUUUAUGUCUUAUCCUUUUGUAAUGGUGAUACAAUUUCUCCAGUUUAUUGGAUGCCUAGAUCUUACCUCUUAAUCCUUUCCCUAACUUUGUGAAUAUUGUAUUAUUUAGCAACUAGAAGGUUUUUUAUGCCUUUAGCAGUUCCACACUGGUAAUAUUAGUUUGUUACAUUAGAUGUUUAUGGAUUAUUGUCCUUUGAGACAGCACCCCUACACUCUUUCCAUAUUUACUGAAUUACUUGAAUUUGUAUCUAUAACUGUCAGGUGUUUAGCUUACGUGAGACCUUUACUUCACAAUAUUUACAAGUGAUAUACAAGUCAUGGCAAUUAUGUGUAUCAUGUGUUAACAACGUGAUGUAAUUUUUAUGUCUCUUGACACAGCUUACUCUUUGGUAUGUGUUUUUUCUGCUCUUAACUGAGUCUGAAGUAAAUUGCUUUCACUUCAUAGUGUACUAAAAUGUUUGAAUCAUCUUCCUCAAUGUUGUAGAGAUGUUGUAAAAUACCUCAUAGCCCACAUCAAUGGCUAUUAAUUGUGUUAUUAACAACAAUUGCAGUGUAAACCAAAGCAUCACUGGGUUGUCAGCUGUAUGUAUGUACAUAUAUAUAUAUAAUAUAUUUAUAUAUAUAUAUAUAUAUAUAUAUAUAUAUAUACACAUACA